AUGGUUGACCGCCUACCUCGAGCGCACCACCUUCUUGGUCUGCAGGAACAUGGUGGCGGCGCUGCUCUCUGCUUCCUGUUCCUUGUCGCAGUGGUCGCCUCCGCCGAGGGCCACAAAAUGGGAAGAAAAAAAUCUGAAGCCCUCUCAGUGCGGCAGGAACUAACGGCGGCGGUGCUCCAAGUCGCACCGGAAGAAGUCGUGUCUAUUUUCUACAACAAGUGUUGCGCCAAGUGCCUACAGGACCUCCUGGCCGCGGACCCGGUGACGUCGCUGUGGAGACUUGGCUCGAGCGCGCAUUUGAAGCACCGACGGGGUAUAAUUACAGAAACUGCGCCGGCGUCGCCGUCUAACAGGCCGGAGCAAGUGCGAACACCACCACGCGUCACUCAUCAUAUCAGCGUCGGUGGAGAGCAAGUCGUCGACCACGUUGGAUCUCUUCCCCGCGAACAACAGAUUGAGUCCAGGAGGCGCAUCGCGCGCUGGCGUCGGCGAUUGGUCUCGAGUACAUCCAUCCACGCCACGGGCUCCAUGGCCACGCACGGCAACAUCAGGUCCUCCAACAUCCCCCUCAGCCGCAACGUAGACGGGCGCGUGUCCGACCACGGGCUCGCGCGCCUCGUCGGCGUCGUGGGGUACCGCGCGCCCGAGGUCGUGACGGACCCGCGCCGGACGUCGCAGAAGGCCGACUUGUACGGCUUCGGCGUGCUGCUCCUGGAGCUGCUGACGGGGAAGGCGCCGACGCACGCGGUGCUGCAGCACGACGAGGGCGUGGACCUACCGCGGUGGGCGCGCUCCGUCGUGAGAGGGGAGUGGACGUCCGAGGUGUUCGACGCGGAGCUGCUCAGUCACCUGGGCGCCGAGGAGGAGAUGGUGGAGGUGUUGCGGCUGGCCAUGGACUGCACCGAGCCCACCACGAACCAACGGCCUGCGAUGCCGGAGGUCGUGCAGUGGCGCGCAUCGAGGGGCUCGGCGGCACGGCGUCGGCGUCGACCGCGCGGUCCGCCCGGAGUUCGUCCAUGGACGAGGCAGACGACCGGCCGCUCAUGAGCAAGCGAAUAUGACAACCAGACGCGAUCUGCCUGAGUGACGUAAUGCUGGUUUAGCGUUUGCACGCCGCGAGACACAGCACGAACAUGGGCGCGCGUUCGUACCCAUGUUUGUCUGGGACCCUACUGUACUUGCCGACCACGAACUCCCGCCUCCCGGCAUGUAGUCAUGUACGUUGUAUCCAUCCUUAAUAAUCCUCUUAUCCUCGGAGGAGGGGGACACUGCCUGUCACGUUAAGCAGUUGGCAGGCUUUUCUCUACUACCUAUUAAGUAAGCAAUAGUAGUCUGCCUCCUUGGUUCUGCCUCUCUCUGGUUCUGCCGCAUGUUAAUCUACACCGUCCGUUCUUU